UUCAGAAGCUAAUUCAUUCCAUCUCCGCCUUCCACACUUGUAUCCAUGGCAACAGCUUCUGUCUUUGACGACUCCAAGAUGGCGGACGUGGAGCAACACACAACGCUCCCGGUGGUCUCAGAAGUAAAAAAACGUCGAGCACCUAAAGCCCCCGAGCUUCCAAUAGUAGAGAGGAGAAACUGGCUCAUCCACCAGCACUAUAUACAUAAAGAUUAUGAAAACUGCAAGGUAAUCAUUAAGGAGCAGUUGCAGGAGACAAAUGGAAUGUGUGAAUAUGCCAUAUAUGUGCAAGCACUAAUCUUGCGUCUCGAGGGCAAGAUCCAACAAUCCCUGGAGCUGUUUCAGAGCUGUGCCAUCCUUAAUCCCAGCAGCGCUGACAAUCUGAAGCAAGUAGCCAGAUCUCUGUUUUUACUGGGAAAGCACAAAGCAGCGAUUGAAUUCUAUCGUGAAGCUGCAAGGCUCAACGAGAAAGACUGGGAGAUCACUCACAAUCUGGGAGUGUGCCAUUUCUUCAUCAAAGAUUUCCGACAGGCUGAGGAGCAACUCAACAUCGCUCUUCAGUUAAACAAACACGACACGACUUUCAUGAUGCUCGGGAAAGUCCACUUGCUGGCCGGCGAAACUGACAAAGCCAUUGAAGUGUACAAGAGGGCAGUGGAAUUCUCUCCGGAGAAUACGGAACUGCUGACAACACUCGGCCUGCUCUUUCUCUCCCUUGGCAAAUACCAAAAAGCUUUUGAGCACCUUGGAAAUGCCCUCACAUUCGACCCUAACAAUUAUAAGGCCAUAUUGGCUGCAGGCAGCAUGAUGCAGACCCACGGGGAUUUCGAUGUGGCUAUGAACAAGUACCGGGUCGCAGCAUGCGCCGUGCCUGAAAGCCCCCCUCUCUGGAACAACAUCGGCAUGUGCUUCUUUGGCAAAAAGAAAUAUGUUGCGGCCAUCAGCUGCCUGAAGCGAGCCCACUACUUGUCUCCUUUUGACUGGAAAGUUUUGUACAACCUGGGGCUGGUACACCUGACCAUGCAGCAGUACGCUUCUGCUUUCCACUUCCUCAGCGCCGCUAUCAACCUGAGCCCGCGACUGGGCGAGCUCUACAUGCUGCUGGCAGUGGCUUUGACCAACUUGGAUGAUGCGGAGAAUGCCACCAAAGCGUACGAGCAAGCUGUGAAUCAGGACCAAUCCAACCCUCUGGUCAACCUGAACUUUGCAAUCUUCCUCUACAAUCACGGCGACAAGAAGGGUGCGCUGAAUCAGUACCAGGAAAUGGAGAGAAAAGUCAACACACUGCGAGACAGCAGUAGCAGCUUCGACUUUGACCCAGAGCUCAUAGACAUGGCUCAGAAGAUGGGAGCAGCCCUACAGGUGACAGAGAGUGUGGUGUGGACCAAACCAUGCAAGGAUUCCAAGUCCAAAGCGAGCUCAGGAGCAGCCACUCCGAGCCCGGGUGCCCCUCUUGGUACUAAUCAAGCUCUGGGUCAGGCCAUGUCUUCUGCUGCCAGCUACAACAAAAACAUCCAACUACCAACAAGACGCUCCACGUCGCUUGACCCUGACCCAGAUGUGGGUAACGUUCCCAGCCUGCCUUCUGAUCUUCCAGGUUCCCCAGAACCUGCCCAAGCAGAGGACCCCAGACCCAAAACCUCCAAGAGAAAAUCAAAGGUGGAAGACUGAAUUAGUUUGGAGGAAUCUCUGCCGCUCUCCUGUUGAGAGGGAAGAUUUAGCGUUUGAACUCUCUGACUCAUGAAGUGUAGCUGAAUAAUGUGUGUUUUACUUUACACUGAGCUAGGUGAUGUUUUUUUGUUUGUUCCCCCCCCAGCACAUUCACAUAAAAUGGUCCAAAUACAAGAGAUUGUUUGAGCUUGCUUACAAAAAAUUGACAGAAUUUCCUACAGUUAAAUGUCAGCGCUACUACAAUCAUUGCACUACACAAAGAUGUAAUGUUUUGAUAAAUAGAAAUGUUUUCGUUGGGUGUAAAUAGUGAUUUUUAUUUGUCAAAUGUCACGUGUAUGUAGAGUAAUGUGUUCAAUAUUAAAUUCUAGAUUGGUC